AUGGCUUCCUCCCUCGCCGCCUCCCUCAGGGCCCUGACCCUCAGCACCGCACGCGCAACGAUCCCCCGCGCCGCCAGCUCCGCUGCCACAACCACGGCGACGCGCGCCCUCUCGACGGCGAUCCUGACGAAGCAGCCGGCGCAAAAGAGCGAGUCGAUGCUCGCGCAGGUCGGAAAGAGCGCCUCGGGCGUGGUGAAUGCCUUGGUGCAGCAGACGAGGGGGAUGAAGGUGCACAGCUCCGUUAAGAAGAGGUGUGAGCACUGCAAGAUUGUUAGACGCAAGGCGGGCAAGAGACAUAACGGAUACCUGUACGUCAUCUGCAAGGCGAACCCCAGACACAAGCAACGCCAAUCUUGA